AUGAAUCAAUCAAUUGCUAAUGAUGUAGCCAGAUUAAGAUCAGAUGAAUCGAUUCAUUGGGCAAGUCCCACAUUAAAACUGAAAACCGAAUCGAACAAUCCUUAUCUUCCACCAGAUUUUAAUUCGAUGUUUAAUGGAAGAUUUGAGAAUGAUCAUUUUACAUCAAUGAUAAGUUCGCCCGGAUUAGAGUUAGAUAUCGAAGUUCCAUCUAUUCCUACUCCCAAAUAUAUUGAAAAAGCAAGUAGUAUCAAUAAUUUCGAAAAAGAAUUUAAAUUCAACGAAAUUGCAGCAUAUAAAUCAUCGGGAACACCAUACUGUUUAAAGAAUUCAAGUUCAUUCUUCUCAGAAUUGAAAAACUUUCCAACAAAUGACUCUUUAGGUUACUUAAAGUUACUCACGUUAAAAUUAGCCGAAUACUCAUUUUCCUUUCAGCUUAUAGAACCGAUAUUAUGUACUGCAUUUUUAUAUUCUGCUCAUCAUCAAAGAAUUGUUUCAGAUUUUUGGUAUUUUUCUUUUCCAGAAGCCGAAAAAAUGAUGAACGAUUGUGGAAUAGCUAUAUCUUACAACAAUACAGCAUCAUUUCAAGUUGAUCCAAAACAAAUCGAUGAAAAAUUAUUUUUGAUUGUAAUUUUAUCACAUCCGUUAUGUGUUGAAAAUUCCUCAUCAAUACUAAGAUAUUAUCAGAAUCCAUCAGAGAAUUCUAAGCAAGCAGCACAAAAAUCUUUAUCGAACUCAUUUCCACGUAUCAAGAGUGCAUUUUCUCAAUUUGCAUGGUCAUAUUUUGAUCUGUCAGAGAUAAAUACAUCGUUAGCACCCAUCUUACUACAGAACUUUUUUGUAAUUGAAAAGCCAAUUGUAGAACAAAGCAUUUAUGACACGAUAUUUAUACCACAACCCAAGAGUCAGAGGCAACUAAACAUAAAUAUGAGGUUUACUACUAGUGAUUCUUCAAAUUUAAUUAUCAGACCAAGAUUUUCUCCUCAUCCACAGCCAUUUCUAUCACCAAUACAUCAGAUAUCAGUCAGAUUGAACAGUAUUACCCUCAAAGAUAACUCAAAUGUUAAGCAUAAGAAUAACCAGAUAAUGAUGUCCCUGAGGAACUCUCCGAACUCAUCAACAGUCAAAGGUAUCUAUUCCUUGUUCACUGCAAGUCAGUUGUCAUAUGUCGCGUUCAGUUCUAUUGCUUACCACAAUGAAAAACCAAAUUUCAAUGACACUUUUACAAUAAAUUUGCCACUUCCCAUUCCUCCGACUCUUCAGCUCUGUUUUGAAGUCAUCCACAUACACGUGAAGGACAAUAAGGAUACAUUCAGCCCUAUCGGAAACGGUUUUGUAAAUUUAGUCAAAGAAGAUGGAAAAAUUUUCUUAUCUGGCGAAAAAAUUGAGGUUCCAAUCAACAUUGAUGGUGGUUACGACCUCAUUUCACAUUUAUCGAUAUCCAUUUUCCUUAGAAGUACAUUCGUCACUGAUAGUUUGCAAUUCACUAACUUGAAAGAAAAGAAAAAUUUACAAAAUUUGAUAAAAGUGCCACCUCCGAUUAUUGUAACCAAUUUGAUGGAAAUUUUGGAAAUGUUUGUGAAUUCCAUCGAGUCAAUGAAUGAUAAUUUUAAUUUCGACACUUUAUUUUUGAUUCAAAAUUCAGUGUCAAAAAUUUUGUCAGAAAUGUCUUUACAAAAAUAUUUGACAAUUUUUGUACGUUAUUUUGCUUUACAUGACAGAAAACCAUUAAGAGGCACGAACGAGAAAAUAUAUUUCUCAGACAAUUCGAAUAGUACUGAUCAAUUAAAAAUUGACAAAUUAAAUAUUAUCAAAACAAAUUUGGAUCCAAUAGAGAAAGCAAUGUCUUCUUUGUACUUGAAAUUGAUUUCAUCAAUGAAUGAUUAUUUGGCCGAACAACCUCUAUCGUCCAUUUCACUUUUUGUCGACUUCAUUUUCAUGUUGAUUGCAAAAUCUCUCGCAACUUCUGAAACAAUUAAUUUUUAUGGUUUUGACACUUUAUGUCAACGGUUUUGUGAAUGUUCAAUGAACAUGAAAUCGAAAACUGACUGGCAUCCUUUGAAUUCUCUUGCUGUUUUCGGAUUAUGCCUAUUUGAUCUCGGUUUUAGCGAACAAUCAGCUUUUUUGUUCUCUACAGCUAUGAAAAAUUUAACAAAAAGUGACAAAAUUGAUGUUGAAAUUUUCAAAUCUUUCUUGGAGAUUUCUGUACAGCCAUUGAUAUUCUGUGAACUGAUAUUGAACAGCGGAAGUUACAGAAAAUUAUUCUUGAAAACUUUGACAAACGGUUUGAGCGGUUUUAGCAAUUAUUCAGAGAUUUUACAGACAAUUUCUAUUUUGUUAGUUAACUGUUUUUCAAAUUACCAGAAAAACAUCAGUGUCCAAAUCGCUUCUAUUUUAAUUGAAUCUCUGAACAUGGUCAAUUUAAAUACUUUGCAAAAGGAAGACAAUAUCUUGAGUUUGUUGUAUUACUUGAUAUCGAAAUCAUCUAGUAAUUCAUUGAAGAAUAAUAAUUAUUCACUGUUUAUCAACGUUUGUCACUUUUUAUUGAAAAAUAACCGUCAAAAACAGAACACAAAGAAAAUACAAAAAGGAAUAUUAGAGUUUAUUCUUAAUUUGAAUACUGUUAAACCAAAAGACAAAACAGAAGAGAUUUCCAAUUUGUUUUAUCAUUUGAUGACAAAAGAAAUAUUGGAAAUCAAUUUGCCAUUAUUUGCAAAUGUAUUUUCUUCAAUAAUUACAACUUAUUCUCCUCAAAUUUUCUUCAUUAAUUUGCCGCCUUUGGCAAAAAUUUUGUUUUCAUUGUUAAAAAUUGUCAUAAAAAGUGACAUGAACGAUGAAAAAGCCGGAUAUUUGUCUAUGCCGUUUGUUUUACUUUUCGAAAUGGAUGACGAAAAAUCUUCAUCAACUAAUAGAGCAAAAGUGACAGCAAUGAGAGCUUUGUCACUUUUAUCAAUUGAAGAUUUCAUUGAUCCAAAAAUUAUUUUGUUUUUCGAAGUUAUGUCUACGAAAUCGAAAAAUAUAUCGUUAAUUGACUUCACUUCACUUUACAGGAAACUCAGGGAAAACAGUUUUUGUUUACUCGAGGAUAUAAAUAGUUUUGACAAAAACUGUGAACUUUUACUUCAAAGAUUGUUUUUGUUCAAAAAUUGUCCAGAUAUGCAGCUCCAAAUUUUGUCGGAAAUCGCAGAAAAGAAUUUGAAAAAUGAUAACAAAAUUGAAUACAUCACUUCACUUUUCAUGAAAUGUUCUUUAAUUUUGGAAUAUGGUUGUUUACUUGGCCAAAUUCCAAAUGUUUUUGGUACUUUGCAUUGUUUGUCACUUUUUAACAACAUUUGUCAUAUUUCGAAAGAUUUAGAAUGUUCAAAAGAGAUUUGUGAUGAUUUACCAAAAGUUCCAUGUUAUUGUUCUUCUGUUGAUUUCACUCAGCUUGGAUUACAAGGAAUUUUAAAUCAAAUUGUUAAUUUUUGCAAAGAAAACAAUUUGCAAAGUUAUAGUUUUGUUUUUGCUGAUUUUCUUUUGCCGCUUCUUGAAUAUUCCAGAGCUUGGGGUGAAUGCAAACAAUCUAUAUUUACUCUGUCGGAUUUGUUUGACGGUUAUUCCAAACAAAUUUUGAAUGAUGACGAUAAAAUGUCAGAAAAAUAUUUCAGGGUAAAUUUCAUAGGAGAUCCCUUCAGGGAAGAAAAAGACAAAUCUUUUGUUUAUCAUUCGAAUCGUUUGACAACUGUAUUUUCUUUGGCGAGAACUUUGAUUGAACAAUAUACUUUGUUGCUUAAUUGUCCGAUUUCUUUGUUCCAGGCGUCAAUUGCUAAAAGAGAAUCUUCUGUAGGAUUUAUAGAUGUAAUUCAAUUGACACCAAAAAGAAAUAAUAGACAAAAAAGUGACAUUUUUAAUCAUCAUACACAAUUUUAUUAUGAUACUCCUUUUGUUCCUGGCUCAACGAACUUUGUUGGAUCGAUUGAAACACAAUGGAUAAGGAGAACAAUAAUAACUGUUGAAAACUGUUUGCCGUCAGUUUUGAGAAGGUCUUUUGUUGAUCCGAAACUCACAAAAAAUGUUGAUUACGAGCCAAUCAGAGUUUCAUAUAAAAAACUGAGAGAAAAAACUGAAGAACUGGAAAAUUCAAUUUCCAACAAAAAUCUUCAAAAAAUCGAACAAAAACUCAGAAGUAUUUUAUGUGAGAAUCGUUCAGAAGGUCCAGAAAAGGUUGCAGAGCUGUUUAUGAACAUAGAUAACCCAAAGAAACAGAAAUUAGUUAAAGAAUUAACUAAUUUACUAAUUUCAAUAGAGAAAGGUUUGAAGUUCGUAAACAAAAAUUGUAAGCUGACACCAGAAAAUGAAGUAAUGCAGGCAGAGUUUGAGAAUGGAUUUGAAUUAUUAAAAUCCAAAUUAGAAACAUACGGUAUUCGUUUAUAA